UUCAAGACUUGGUAUGUAGUAUGCAGCUUCUCAUCCAAUAAUAUAUAAACCCCAUUAACCAAACCAUUUUCUCUCAGCUUCAGGUUUCUUUUACACAAAUCAGAAAACCAAGCUUCAAAGUUCAACCAACCAACACUCCCAAUUCUCCAAACAAAAACCACACACUACCCAAUUUUCCAUUUCAAUAUGCAGUCUCUAUCACCGCCUUCAUCUUCCACCACACUCAACCCUAUCAUUCGCCCUCAACUUUCCCAGAACCGGGUCCGGUUCACCGUGAAAUGUGGUUACCGGCUCGAACCGGGUAGCUACGGAGUCGGAACAAGCCGAGCCGACUGGCAAAGCUCCUGCGCCAUAUUAGCCAGCAAGGUUGUUUCCCAGGAGCAAUCUCCGACUGACCAAAAUGGCAGCGCCGCCGACAAGCUCGCCACCGUCAACGGCCACAAAUCCGCCAAGGCAGACCUUCAGCUGGUUCCUAUAGGAAACCUCGCCGGAGAAAUCAAAGCGAUCCAGCCGAAGCCGCUGACAAUCUCCGACCUCGCGCCGGCUCCGAUGCACGGCUCGACUCUCCGCGUCGCGUACCAGGGCGUCCCCGGCGCGUAUUCCGAGGCUGCGGCGGGGAAGGCUUACCCGAACUGCGAGGCCAUCCCGUGUGACCAAUUCGAGGUAGCGUUCCAGGCGGUGGAGCUUUGGAUCGCCGACCGCGCUGUCCUACCAGUAGAAAACUCCCUCGGCGGCUCAAUCCACCGUAACUACGACCUCCUCCUCCGCCACCGCCUCCACAUCGUCGGAGAAGUCCAACUUCCAGUCCACCACUGCCUCCUCGCCCUCCCCGGAGUCCGCAAGGACUAUCUCACGCGCGUGAUUUCCCACCCUCAAGCACUCUCCCAGUGCGAGCACACGUUAACCAAACUAGGCCUCAACGUGGCGCGUGAGGCCGUCGACGACACAGCGGGAGCAGCGGAAUACAUCGCGGCGAACAACCUCCGCGACACCGCCGCCAUAGCAAGCGCACGCGCGGCGGAGCUAUACGGAUUACAAGUGAUGGCGGAUGGGAUCCAAGAUGACCCGAGCAACGUGACCCGAUUCGUGAUGCUGGCACGGGAACCGAUAAUUCCACGGACUGAUCGGCCGUUCAAGACGAGCAUUGUGUUCGCGCAUGAUAAAGGGACUUCGGUGUUGUUCAAGGUGCUAUCGGCGUUUGCAUUUCGGAAUAUCAGUUUGACGAAGAUUGAGUCGCGGCCGCACCGGAACCGGCCGAUUCGGCUGGUGGAUGAUGCGAAUGUGGGGACGGCGAAGCACUUUGAGUAUCUGUUUUACGUGGAUUUCGAGGCGUCGAUGGCGGAGGUUAGGGCGCAGAAUGCUUUGGCGGAGGUGCAGGAAUUCACGUCGUUCUUGCGAGUGUUGGGGAGUUACCCCAUGGAUAUGACGCCCUGGACUCCUUCUUCUAGGGGAGAAUAGCAAUGCCUUUUUUUCCCUCAUUUUUUUUUUUUAUUUUCUUUCUUUUUUUAUUUAAUCCUAUCAAUAAAAAAAAGGUGUCAUGUUCAAUCAAUUCUGAAUUUUGUGAAUAAGAGAUAAAAUGAUUAUUUUGAUUA